AGCGACGGCGAGAGAGAGAAGAGAGAGGAAGAGGCAAGUUGAUUGACCGGAAAAAAUGAUAACGAUCCCUUAUCUAACCGCUGUAUCGACCUACUUCAGCUACGGAUUGCUCUUUGCUUUUGGCCAGCUCCGUGAUUUCUUCCGCCGCUUCAUUGAUUGGUGGCUCACUAGCAAUCUCCAGGGAUACGCGCCGAUCUGUUUGGGGCAUGAGGAUUUUUAUAUUAGGCGAUUGUAUCAUCGGAUUCAGGAUUGUUUUGAACGACCUAUAUCGAGUGCACCGGAUGCUUGGUUUGAUGUCGUCGAGCGUUACUCUAAUGACAACAAUAAGACGCUUAAGAGAACAACAAAGACUAGCAGGUGCCUCAAUUUGGGGUCCUACAAUUAUCUUGGGUUUGGUUCUUUUGAUGAAUAUUGCACGCCUCGUGUUAUUGAGUCCUUGAAGAAAUUUUCAGCGAGUACAUGUAGCUCUCGUGUUGAUGCAGGAACUACAUCAGUGCAUGCAGAACUUGAGGAAUGUGUUACUAGGUUUGUUGGAAAGCCUGCUGCUGUUGUUUUUGGCAUGGGCUAUGCAACAAACUCAGCUAUCAUUCCAGUCUUGAUUGGAAAGGGAGGUCUGAUAAUAAGUGAUUCUUUGAACCAUAGUUCGAUUGUCAAUGGUGCUCGAGGUUCAGGAGCCACUAUCCGCGUUUUCCAGCAUAACACGCCUUCCCAUUUGGAACGAGUUUUGAGAGAACAAAUUGCAGAAGGUCAACCUAGGACACAUCGACCAUGGAAGAAAAUUAUUGUUGUUGUUGAAGGUAUUUACAGCAUGGAAGGGGAGAUUUGUCAUCUGCCCGAAGUUGUCGCCAUAUGCAAGAAGUAUAAGGCAUAUGUUUACUUGGAUGAGGCUCACAGCAUUGGGGCAAUUGGUAAAACAGGAAAGGGUAUUUGUGAACUUCUGGGAGUUGACACAGCUGAUGUAGACGUAAUGAUGGGAACCUUUACAAAAUCUUUUGGCUCUUGUGGUGGCUAUAUUGCUGGAUCUAAGGAGCUCAUCCAAUAUUUGAAGCAUCAAUGCCCAGCUCAUCUCUACGCAACAUCUAUACCAACUCCUUCCGCACAACAAAUCAUUUCUGCCAUUAAAGUUAUUCUGGGAGAGGACGGUUCAAACCGAGGGGCACAAAAGCUAGCAAGAAUACGUGAGAACAGCAACUUUUUCCGGGCUGAGCUGCAGAAGAUGGGAUUUGAGGUACUUGGAGACAAUGAUUCCCCAGUCAUGCCAAUAAUGCUUUACAACCCAGCAAAAAUCCCAGCUUUCUCACGAGAAUGUCUGCGACAAAAAGUGGCAGUGGUGGUCGUGGGUUUCCCAGCUACACCUCUACUGCUGGCUAGGGCACGUAUUUGCAUCUCUGCAUCUCAUUCAAGAGAAGAUCUUAUAAGAGCCCUUAAGGUUAUAAGCAAAGUAGGUGACCUUAGUGGAAUCAAAUAUUUCCCGGCAGAGCCGAAGAAGAUAGAACAGUCAAAAAAUGACAUCAAGUUGGAUUGAAGACUAAACAAAUGAAAUAAGAGAUGCAUCCAGGA